AUGGUCCCAACGACACCGGAGUUCCGGUUGCACCUUCUGCCAAUGGAGGAGGAGUUGAAGCGCUAUGUGUCCGUGGACUUGCGCGUCAAGUUCACAAAAACAUACCCACGAACGAUACCGGACUUAAAGAUCGAAAACCCCAGAGGCCUCUCAGAAGCACAGGUCCAGGAACUUUCGAAAUUGGUCCCUGCUCGCGCAAAGACUCUACUCGGCCAGGAAAUGAUAUAUCUGCUCGCAGAGUAUGUGCAAGAGUACAUCACCCAAAACAACUCCAGCAUGUUCAUCAAGCACUCCAGUUUCCACGAGCAAAUGCUUCAACGCGUCGAAAAGACGACCAAGGACGAGCAAGAACGAGCAAUGGAGGCAAUGACUAAACAACAGGAACUGGAACUCGAGGCCAAACUGGACGCCGACCGGACGCUCGACAAAAAGAUUCGGGAGGACCUGCUCCGAAAAGAAGAGAAAAUCAAGCAAGAAAAGAAGCGUCAGAGGGAGCUAAUGUCCAAACAACAGGAGCAGUAUGGCGGAGACUAUCUGGAGGGUAAUCGAAGCGGCUCCGGAGGGGGAUCCGGAUACGGUCUAGACGCUGUCACUGUCAACUUUGAAAUGCCCAUCAUGCUCUCCCCCGACGAUUCACAGGCUCCGGCUUUUAGAUCAGUCAUCCGGGGCUCGUGUCUCUCUCGUGGACUCCUCAGCUCGACGUAUUCGGCAUUACCAGCAAACUAUACUGCUCGACCUCAUUCAUCUGCCGACGUCCCUUUCUUGCUCCUCAAGACCUUCGACAUCACAGCGGCACAUUACAGCACUCACCUUGGGAAGAAGAAACUCCAGGACGUGGAAAAGGAACUGUCGAGGCUCAAGCUACUUCGUCAUCACCACCUUGUGUCCAUCCUGGAAUCACGCCUGGAGAGGACUUCGACAGGAUGGAAUCUCCAUGUGCUUACCGACGGAAGUUCCGCCAACAUGACCUCCCUCGAGUCCUUCAUCAACAUUGCCGGCAGUGUCAAGUUGGCCAUGACCAGGAGAUAUCUCAAGGAGCUCUUGCAGGCCAUCGUCUUCCUUCACGCAAACAACGUCAUCCACAAGGAUAUUCGACUGUCCAACAUUGUCCUGGACCCUAACGGAAACAUCAAACUGGAUAAUCCCAGCUUCCACCGCCGUUUACUGGACAUGCACAAGAUCUUCACUUUCAACAACGAUGCUGGCCAGGAGGUGUCGCGUGCGUGGCCAUCACCCGACCCACAAGAGGCGUCCAUUGUCUACACGCGAAAACACGACAUUUGGUGCCUGGGACAAGUUCUUGUUGAAAUGCUCUGGGGCAACGACGUGACGCGGUCGUUUUCGACACCUGCAUUAUUCUUGGAAAGCGUAGAGCCCAACAUUCACAAGCUGACUAAGGAUAUCCUCUUCAGGAUGUUCGAUAUGGAUGCCAAGAAGAGACCAACUGCGGCAGAACUGCUGAACGAUCCAUUCCUUGGAGACGCAGCUGAUACGGACGACACAUUCAAUAAGUUCCAUAUGUACAAUGAUACCGAGGACAACUCCAAGUUGGGCGUUCGCCGUUCGCAUCCUCCUUCGGCAAUCAACAUACUGCCUCCUCGAGUUGGACGGGAGUCAUCCAGACUGGACGACAUGUAUGUCGACGACUCUGUGAACCAGCUCAACACAUCGCCCACAACUGGCAACAAUCUGUACUCGAGGUACAAGAGCGACUUUGAGGAGAUUGAAUUCUUGGGACGCGGUGGUUUCGGAGAGGUCGUGAAGGCAAGGAACAAACUGGAUGGGCGAUUCUAUGCCAUCAAGAAGAUCAAACUGGACCCCAAGGACAAUGUCACAAACCGCAAGAUUCUCCGUGAAGUCACCACCCUCUCAAGGCGAUUUGUGGUGCGUUACUUCACGACAUGGUUUGAGGAUGACAACAGUGGCGCAUGGAGCAAGAACAAGUCGAACUCAGAGGACGACUCAGAGGACGACGACUCGGAUGAGGGUUCGGACGAGGACGACGAAGACAUGUCAUCAUAUGACACCUCGAACAGGAUGGUCAAGGACUUGAAAUACGACUUUCUUUCGGAGGCGUCAGAUAAUCGCAACCGUAGCUACCCCAACGUCCACUUCGGUCGGUCUAGGGACAUUUCCCGACGCGACGAGAGCUCUUUUGGCAUGAACGGUUUGGCGCUCGACAGCUCAGAGGAAUCGUCUGAGUCGGGAUCGGAAUCAGGAUCGGAGAGCGAGUACGACACUGAGUCCGAGUCUGACGAUGAUUCAGUUUCUGACAAUGGAAUUCGAUUCGAGUCCGAGGCGACCGAUGGCACAGCGAGCGACCCAAGGGCCAGGAUCAAGGCUGCACCUGAAAAGAAGAAACGCCGAGCCGUGAAGCCCUCAAGGACACUUUACAUCCAGAUGGAGUACUGCGAGAGACAAACACUGAAGGACCUGAUCGACAUUGGCGUGGACCCUGAGGACGGCUGGCGGUUGUUUCGACAGAUUCUGGAAGGUCUUGUCCAUAUCCAUUCACAGGGCAUGAUCCAUCGAGAUUUGAAGCCUGUCAAUAUUUUCCUGGACGCCAAUGGUGAUGUCAAGAUUGGAGAUUUCGGACUUGCCACAAGCAACUCUCAGCUAGUGAGCGACCUCAAGACCCAGAACCAGGCUGUCACGGAGACGAUUCUUAUGAGCCGGAGCACCAGUUACGAUCGCGCUCACGAUGAUGGCCUUUCUCUCACCACGGGCGUCGGAACGGUGUUUUACGUCAGUCCAGAAGUCCUGCAUGGAGCUAUCAAUGGCGUGCGGUACAACUCCAAGGCGGAUAUGUACUCUCUUGGAAUCAUUUUCUUUGAGAUGUGCUUCCCCUUGUCGACAGGCAUGGAGCGCGCCAUGACCCUUCGCAACCUCCAACAGCCCGAGAUCAUCUUCCCCAAGGAAUUCCCCAUGGACAAAAUGGCGACGCAGGCACAGGUCAUCCGAGCUCUUUUGAACCACAAUCUCAAGGAACGCCCCAACAGUCUGGAAUUGCUACAGAGCGACUUGCUGCCACCCAAAAUGGAGGACGAGUAUAUCCAAGAGUGUGUUCGCACAAUCGCCAACCCCAAUACUCCUUACUACCACCGCCUCAUGUCAGCACUAUUUGCACAAAACGCAGACAAACACAAGGACUACACCUACGAUUUCAACUCGGAGAAUAAGCCCUACGACCCAUUUUUUGCAAUGUUCUACGGCAAGGUCCGCGCCCAGAUGAUCAGCGUCUUCAGGUGCCAUGGCGCUGUGGAGCUCGGGACGCCACUUUUGACACCCAAGAGUGACCUUCACGAUACCGACAAAAAGUCUGUGGCGCUGAUGGACUCGACUGGAGGAUUGGUUCAGCUUCCGUACGACUUGACGAUGCCUUUUGCGCGGUUCAUCUGCAGGAACGGGAUUACUCAGCUCAAGCGCUUCUGCUUUGGACGGGUCUACCGCGAGAACACCGUUGGCGGGCAACCCCAGAUCGUUAACGAGGUCGACUUUGAUAUUGUCCACAACACCCUGAACCCCAUGGUGACGGACGCCGAGAUGAUCAAGGUGGUCGAUGAGCUGUUGGAGGAGUUCCCGCCCUUCAAAUCGACCAACGGCGUGUUCUUCCUGGUCAAUCACACUCAAGUUGUAGAGGCGAUUUUCGACAAUUGCCGUAUACCUUCAGAGAUUCGACCUGGGGUCUACACAAUCCUCGGUCAACUGGGGCGCCAGUAUCAGCAUAUGUCGCAGGUCAGGAACCAUCUUAUGUCGGUCUAUCAUCUCCCGCGCAGUGUACUGGAUGAACUGGAACUGUUUGACAGGAAGGGCGAUUUUGAGACAGUGGUCAAGGCUUUAGAGGAGUUGGUCUCUGCAGAGCCCAUGAAGACAAAGCUGAAGGAUGCCCUUGGCGAGCUUCGACUGCUGAUGAUGUACUGCAAGACCCUGGGGGUCCGCCACAAGAUUGUCUUUAGCCCCUUACUCAUGUACAACAACCAGUACUACAAGGGCGGGAUGAUGUUCCAGGCGGUGGAUGACGCCAAACGGAAGAAUAUCCUCGCAGCCGGAGGACGCUACGACUCGCUGAUCCAACAGUUUCGACACCCCGUCAUUGGUGGGCCUCAUCGCAAGGUCUUCGCCGUGGGAGUCAAUAUUGCGAUGCAAAAGAUCAUUGGAGCAAUGUCGCAGUAUCAGUCGGAACACUUUCGGUACUUUGUCGCCAGCAACAAGAGCCGAGGAACUUCGAACGGCGGCGCCGGCUCUGGACAUGACGACGAGAAGUCAUUUGGGCUUUGGGCUCCCAAGCGUUGCGAUGUGUAUGUGGCGAGCUUUGGAAAGGUUCUUUUGCAGGAACGACUCGAGUUGGUUAAGGAGCUGUGGGCGCAUGGGAUCAAGGCCGACUACAUGCUCGAGGACGGAACGGACCUGACUCCAGAAACUUUGGUGACGACAUGCAAGCACCAGUGCAUCAACUGGAUUGUGAUCCUGAAGAACAAGAACCAACAGGAUUCUCACCAGCGAAUGAACAGGGAUAUGAUGGGCAUGGUCAAGGUCAAGAAUGUGCUACGCAAGACGGAGGAGGAAGUUCUACGGUCGGAGCUCUGCAUUCUUUUAAAGGCGGAGAUUGCUGAGCAGACGAGACUCGACCACAUGGUUGCCGCCAGUGUUGGAUCCGGAGGCGGACUCAAGUCGCGGAAGUUUAUCGACAUGACGAGCGGGCAUCAUCAUCACCAUCACACGCUGGAGACGACAGCCGGAUCUGGUGGAGCGCGACACGGACAUGAUCACCACCACAACUCGUCGGGAGAGUCGCCUCAGAUCCAGCCCGACUUUAAUGUCAACGUGGUCAGUUCAUCCAGGAACCGGCUGAAGCACAAGCAGAAAACAAUGCUCAUCGACAAAGCGAUCAACAACUUGGUGGGGGUGACCAAGAGCUUGGCCAAUGCGACGGUUCCAGUACUGGCUGUGGAUCUGUCAAAGGACAACAUCCGUAAGCUGGCGCAGUGCAAUGUGGCGGAGGAUGAGAGCUUCAGGAAGAAUGUACUCGAUCAGUUGAGCCCAUCUCAACGCGAUUACUGCAUCACGAUCCGAGAAGCAAUGCUCAAGGUCCGGCAGGAGGAGGGUGGGCAGAAGCAUCUUUGGCUUUAUUCUCACCGAGAUGAUUUUUCAAUCCUGUAUCAUUUCUGGUCAUAG